AUGAAUACACCGAAUCCAGGAGAAUCAACUGGGGAUAAACGUUUACCCGAAACAAGUGUCCAGAGUGUGCCGCACAAUCUAACGACUUUACAAAAUGUCCAAGGCCUACAGACAGUGCAAACUAUUGUCCAGAGUUCGGUACAAACAAUUCAGUCGACCCAAAAUAUCGUAAAUACAAGUACGGCGAUCGUCGGUAAAUCGAUAUCGUUAGAUUUAAAUCAAAAAUUACCAUUGAUGAAGUCUGUCGUGCAAACCGCGCCGUCAACCAGCGAGCCUGGAAAAAUACCACCAAAUUUUCCUCCGGUUGGCUCAACUUUACGAAUAACUGUACCUUCGACACUCACUGUUGAUCGGCAAGGCCAGCCGCAGAUGCAAAUCCAAUCUCAGCCUCAACAAACUACCCAACAAGUUGUUACAACCAUCCCAGCUACGUAUCAUGUUCCUCGUGGACCAGCAGCAGUUGCUAAUAUUUCAGCACCUAGGUCUACUGUGGCUACACCAAUCGUUAGAGCUAGUACUACUGGUCCAUCUGUUGUUCCGAUCUCAAGAGUCGGUCAGCAGCAGCAGCAGCAGCAGCAGCAGCAACAGCAACAACAGCCUAUUCGGCCUAUCACCACCGUAGCUACCAAUCGCGUUACAUUGACAGCACCUGUAGGAACCGCUAGUCGGAUAACUAAUACAACUCCCGUAGUGAUACAACCAACGAUUGGUAGACCGCCGAAUCCAACAUCUGGAGUAACAACUGCAAGUUUUAAUCGCGUUGUAAUUCCUUCCCAACAAGUACAACAACCUGGACAGUCGCAUCCUCCUGGUACGAGGGUCGUACAAACAAUAACUUCUUUGUCAAAUAUCAAUACCGUCUCGCGAAUCAUUGCCGCCACAACGAAUCCAUCUAAUAUUGCAAGAGUUACACCCUCAACGCCUCCAUCUGGGCCAAGAAUAACACUACAUCAGUUGCCUAUCGCGACAACUCGGACAAUUCCCGCUCCAGUAAAGCCCUUGGUAGCAGGUCAAACUAUCGCUCAAGCGGUUCAAAUAAAAUCUACAGGACAACCAACAACUUUGAGAGUCGCCCAGGCAAAUGUUGUGAGUACUAGCUCUAAUAUUUCAGCAAUCACGACAGCGGCAUCAAUUGUUACCGGUACACCAGCCUCUACCGCUACUAUUAUUAUUAAUAGUAACAACAAUAGUAGUCAUAAUUCACCAACUCCUCAAUCUGUACCUCAAUCUUCACUAUACACUCAAUAUCGCCAAGGAACUGUUCAGCCAGUGAGGCUUAUCGUCGAGCCGAGUAGCCACGAAGAAAAUCAUGGAAAACCAAAUGCUUCUCCACGUCCAAGUAUACUUAGAAAACGUGAUCACGAUAAUUCUCCUGCUAAAGGUGCUGUUAAAAAUUUAGUCCCAAUGUUAACGGCUUUACCUUUGGUAACGGCACCUCCUAAUUCAAGUCCACCUAUGUCUCCACGACGGGAGCGAGACGGAGCCCGUGACAGCUCUGGCUCAACGACUGUAUCAGCCACCUCUUCGCCGGGGUUAGACGAAGAGCCUGAGCAGUCUAGAAUCCCGAUGAAUCAAACGAUGGAAAUGUCUCCCAGAAAAAAACCACGUAAACAACAGCUAACUGGUAACGAGCUCACUGAGCCGCGGUGCUCCGAAGAAGACAUGCAAUUUAUUAGUGAAGAAAAGUUUAAACGAGACGCAAGAGAUGAUAUCAAAGAUAGAUUUGGUAUGGAUAAAAAACAAAAUUUAAACUCUCAACAGGAUAGAAAUGUUACGACCUCGACUGUGAUUAAAAAGACACGGCCCACGUCAAGUUUAAUCGAUCCUUCCUGGAAAAAUUGUAGACUAAAUCAUUAUCGAAGACCUAGUGAUGUGAGACCGCGAGAAGAGAGAUUACAGUCUGUUGCUGAUAUAGCUCAACAAAAAUAUGUAUUACAAAGACUUCAUGGUUGGAAAAUUUAUCAAUUAACUGCUCAAAUGGAAGAUUUGGCAGAACUUGAAAAGCAGGUCCAUGAUAAAUUAAAAACAACAUUGUGUAUGCUGGAAUCUCAACAACCGAAACCGAGGCAGGAUGACGAGUUGGAGCGGGUUAAUGAAUUAAUCAAAGGAAAUAUGCAGCGUAGUCAUUUAAUAAGUGAGGGUAUGACUGAAGCCAGGUCACAGCUAGUAGCUAUUUUCGAGCAUAAAAACGCUGUUAAUAAAAUUAUCCAAUGUUUCGUUCAACAUUCAAUUGUUAAAAUGUGGGGAAACAGUCCUGCUCUGGACUUUCAGCAAAAAAAUAUAAAAGAUAAUUCUGAUAAUAAACCAUUAGAAGUAUUGACAGUGGGAGCCAAAGAUCCAAGACAUAUUAUUAAAACUUUAGCUUCAUCAUCGGUAAAUUAUAAAUAUUUAAUUAAUUUUCAUGUUGUCGAAUCAUCAUUAGAACCUAUUGCUAGAUCAAUUCUACUUCUUCAUAUUUGCCUUGAAAAAGACCUGGGCUUACAGGUAGCAAGUAGAUACUUUCUGGAAAUAUUGGGUAAUUCUCUUUUGGUACCCGCAACUGCCAAGUACUUGACAAAAGCGGCAUAUCAAUUGAUCAGUGUAAUCACUCAAACACUACCAUGUCCUUGGAUAAGUAUUGAAACACUCAAAUAUAAAGAUAAAGAUUUAUUAGAAGCUAUUUUUAAGUUCUGGAUUCGUGCUGUGUGUGAAGGUGUACCAAUCGUCAAAUACUGGGAUCAACAGAUUAGAAAAUCAUUAGGGACGAGAUAUGAUUACAGAGAUGGUGCAUUUGAUUGGGAUUAUCAUAUGGUUUUAAAAGAAAAAAAUAUUCCUUAUUUAACUUCUCAUGAGUACAAAUUUUGGAGAAAUAAUGGAAUUGCAUUCACCUGGUUGGAGACAGAACCUGCAAGAAGUAAUCCAACUUUGAUAAGUAGUGUAGUACCUUACAAAGAAGGUUUUAUUCACAAUGCAUAUGCUGGAGACAUCGUCAAUGGACCUUAUUUAACUUGGCUAACUGAUAAAAAAAAUGAAAAAAAAAAACUGAGAGCAACAGAUGCGGCAGAAGAACAAAUAACAAAAUUAUUUUAUCAGAUACGAAUGCAUGAAUUGUGUCCUGAUGAUCUUACAGCAGCACAUAGAGAUAAAGCAAUUUUAAAUGGGACAUUAGUGACGGAGAUGCCGGAUAUUAACAUUGAGCAAGAGUCUUGGGUGUUGAAAAAAUUAGAAAAGAAAGAUUUUUCUUCUUGGAUUGAUAUCUCUCAAGCAAAAGUCAUUUAUCACUCAACUUCGUCUUUUUUAAAGUAUAAAAAUAAAUGUGAAUGGAUAAAUAAAUUUGAUGUAAUAUUUGUCGCUCACAAUAUGAUUAAUCACUUGGAAAGUAUCGUGCCUCUGAUGAAUAAAAAAGGUAUAAUGAUAGUUGAGUCCCGGCGAUUGUUAGUCGAAGCAAAGAAGAAAGAGUUAGAAGAGUUUGCUAAUGAAUUACAAAAGAUAGCCAAUGAUGUUGGUAUAAAAUUAUCUGAAACGUUUAACCCUCAUGAUGAUAAUUUUGCUCGAUUUGUUAUUGAUACUUAA